AACUCUGCAGCUCUCAGCUGCUCACAGUCUCGCUUCACUCCUCCGGCGUUUCAGGCUGCAUGCCUUGGAAGUUUUUCUAUCUUCUUACCCCUCUCUCCUGUCCUCCCUCCCCAAGAAAGAUGUCCUAACUCGGGGAGAAGACGAGCCUCUGCUGGCCAGAGAGUGUCUCAAGUGCCAGGGGUGUCCUACCUGCUCUUCGGCUUAGAUGGGAGGUGCCAGCUAACUGACUGUCCACCUCGGACACUCCCCCAAGAUGGCUGCCUGUGGCCUCCUCCUCCUUCUCUUCCUUCGCCCGAUGAGACUUGUGCUGAGUGCUGCGUUACCAUGGUGAUCAUUUUCUCCAAAAGUCUGGAAAAGAAGAAGGGUGUCAAUGAUGUAAGGCCCAAGACCAGCGAACGACGGCCGCGUGAGCUCCACACCAUGAGCAGAGGGACGACCCUCUUCUCUUGUGGAACUGCUGAGGCAGACAGAUGGCUGAACCCAGGGCGAAGCUUCCAGUCAGGUGCCAGUCUGGAGAGCCUGUGGGAUGCGAUGCCCGAGCCGGGUGCUCGCCCCUGGGCCAAGGAGUUGGGCCCCGCCACGGCCAUCACCAGCCUGAUCAGAGAUCUCAGCCUGGGCGAUGCCGCCUUAACCAAAGCCCACCCCUCUGCCCCCGCCACCACCACCUGUCAAGCUCCCACAGCGCCCCCCAGCAAACGCCAGUGUCGCUCUUUGUCCUUCUCCGACGAAUUUGGCGGCUUUCGUUCGUCGUGGCGGCCUCAGGGCUCUAGAGUGUGGACGGCAGUGGAGAAGCGAAGGUGCUACAGCGGGGGGAGUGUCCGCGCCGGCGGGGGGCUCUCUGGUGUUCACUGCCCCGGCAUGCAGCGCAGCUCCAGCUUCAGUUUUCCUUCUUGCACCAGCAUCCCCACAGACGGGCCUUUGGACCUGCCCUUCUUCAACCAGCGACUGCCUGCCCACCCUCACUUCACUGCCUCUCCUGUGUCCCCCACCUCUCCUUCCUCGAAAGCCCCUCAGUCCUUCAGUGGCCACUUCCUGCGACCUCUCUCCCUCUCCCACGAGCAGAUCAGCCUGCCCGAACUCCAGAGGGAAGAGGCUUCGGAGGACAGUUCUCCGGAUUCCACCCCGGAACUGGGGCGGAGGUCUGGCCAGAGGGGUGACGGUAAGGCGUGCCUGUCUCGGAGCAGGUCGCAGCCCUGCGUGUUGAACGACAAAAAGAUCGGGAUGAAGCGGCGUAGACCCGAGGACGCACAGGAGCAGAGGCCCUCUCUGGACCUGGCAAAGAUGACUCAGCAACUCCAGACUUUCCAGAGCUUGAGUUGCCCCGGCUUCUCCUUCUUCGACAGCUGCCAAUCCAGCCUGCCCCCGUCGAGCCAGUGCAAAUCGGAAUUCACCGUUGUUUCCGAGCUUGGACUGGAACCCCGGCAGGAGGUGACGGGAGACGGCGAGGAUUCGUCCGACGAGGAACUGGACAGCGACUCGGCCUGUAGCGUGGGCUCGAGAUCCGGUUCGCCUCGGGGUGAAGUCGCCCUCUGGAAGGGUGACCGCGGAGCAGCCAGGGACAUUUUCCAGCUUGGGGGAGAGCUGGACCUCGAUCAGAUUGAGAGGAAUUGAAGCCAAUCUUCAAGGGUUAAGGAACAUCUCAACUCAUUUGAAAGGGAAAGACGUUGGACUAUUAAAGGACGUGGAGGACACAUUUGCCUUGAAAAUUGGGACUCUAGUUGUUUUUAAUUGCUCAGGAGAGUGAACGUGAGGGGUUAGUAGUCUUAAAAAAAAAAAAAAAAAAAAAAAAAAAAAAAAAAACUCAGAUCAGCCACCGUCUUCCCACCUGGUGACCUGUCAGACGUUAGCUUAGCUUAGCAUCUCUUUCCUAUAACUCAAUGUGGAUGCAGGGACGACUAUGUAUACUACGACACACACAACUCUGACUUUGCUGAAUGUAGGCUCAAUAAGCUUUAAGAUAUGGUCUGUUUACAUGGACACUCCUAAUUUGACAAUAACUAUUAUGGAUCCGAUUCAUAGCACAGACUUCUGACAAAUAGAAGUCCUAGAGAUAGUAAUGAAGCAAGAUUCUCUAAACAAACUUGGUUCUUGCUGUCCAUGUAAACAUAUCCAUUGACUUGCAAAUUGUAUAUUUGAAUUAAACUCUUAAAUAAUUAGUUGUUAUAUCAAUGUUUAUUUUUCUAUUUCUCUGUUUUUUUUUUAAUGGAGCUGUAUAAAUGCGGAGCGAGAGCGCGAGGUUCUUGGACAUAGAAAUAAAUCUCCAUUUGCCACCAA